GAGAGAGAGAUAUUUAUUUUUAUUUUGUUAUUCGAUGAUGAUAAUUCGCCUCUUCCCUCUUUCUCAGUUUUCUCUUCCUUCCUUGACUUUUACGUAUUUAAGUUUUGUUAAAAAGGUAAAAGAAUAAAUUACACAAAUCCACAAAUCAUAUUCUUUUGUUGUUUUUCGAGGCUCUCUUUUUUGUUGUUGUUGUUGGUUUUGGAUCCUUAGGGAUUUCUAGGGUUUUGAAAAGCGCUGUGGGCUGGUUGGUUGUGAUCGAUCUCGAUUUUCUCGAUCGUUGUUGUGUUCAUCAUCAAUGGAGGCCGCUUCAGAAGAAGAGAACCAGAACCAGAACAAUGAAGAAAACAACAACAACAACAACAAUAACAACAGCAAUAGUAACGGGAAAAUCAACAACAACAACAAUUCCAGUGAAGGACUGAGCAAGCCGAAGCGUCAGAUGAAGACUCCGUUUCAGCUCGAAACUCUCGAGAAAGCUUAUUCCAUGGAGACUUAUCCAUCGGAGGCGACGAGGGCCGACCUGUCGGAAAAAUUGGGGCUUUCCGAUCGGCAAUUGCAGAUGUGGUUCUGUCACAGGAGGUUGAAGGACAAGAAGGAAGGUUCGACGAAAAAGCCGCGUAAAUCCGCGUCAACGGCGGUGGUGGCGGCGAUGCCGGAGUCUCCUGUGGAUGAAUUGAGGGGUGGAGGUGAGCCUGGGAGUGAUUACGGGUCUGGUUCGGGGUCUGGGUCGGGUUCGAGCCCGUUAGGUCGCUCGGAGUUUAGAAAUGCAGUGUCAAGGAGUGUGCUUGAUGAUGUACCAAUUAUGAGGAGGUAUUACGAGUCGCCUCAAUCGAUAUUGGAGCUUAGAGCUAUUGCCUGUGUGGAGGCACAGUUAGGAGAGCCAUUGAGGGAAGACGGGCCAAUUCUCGGAGUUGAGUUUGAUUCAUUGCCGCCUGAUGCAUUUGGGGCACCUAUAGGUAUGGCUAAUGGGUUUUGUUAUUGGAUUUGAUGUGUUUAUUGGAUA